AUGGCAUACGACCGGUAUGUUGCCAUCUGCAAGCCACUGCAUUAUAAGAUAAUAAUGAACAGGAGAGCUUGCAUCCAGAUGACUGUCUGUGCUUGGGCUGCUGGUGUCAUCUACUCUGCACUGCACACUGGGAACACCUUUAGUCUCCCCUUCUGCCACUCAAAUAUCAUCAACCAGUUCUUCUGUGAAAUACCCCAGCUACUCAAGCUCUCCUGCUCUGACACAUACCACAGAGAGCUGGCAGCUCUUGCCUUCAGUGUGUUUUUAUGUUUAGGCUGUUUUGUUUUCAUCGUUGUGUCGUAUGUUCAGAUCUUCACCGCAGUGUGGACAAUCCCCUCUCAGCGGGGCCAUCAGAAAGCCUUCUCCACCUGCAUUCCUCACCUUACUAUGGUCUUCCUGCUUCUUUCCACUGGUGCAAUUGCCUACAUGAAGCCCAUCCAUGACUCCCCAUCCCCUCUGGAUCUCCUGGCAGCUGUUCUGUAUUCUGUGGUGCCUCCAUUGAUGAAUCCGGUCAUCUACAGCAUGAGGAACAAGGAGAUCCAAGCUGCCCUGAGGAAACUGCUCAAAAGGUUUUAUGGAAAAUACUCCAGAAAUAAUAAUUAA